AGGUGGGGGGAGGCGGCAGCAGCGGGGGUAGCGGCGGACCAUGGAUGUCGAGAGGCUGCAGGAGGCGCUGAAAGAUUUUGAAAAGAGGGGGAAGAAGGAAGUGUGUCCAGUACUGGAUCAGUUUCUUUGUCAUGUUGCCAAGACUGGAGAAACAAUGAUUCAGUGGUCGCAGUUCAAAGGCUAUUUUAUUUUCAAAUUGGAGAAAGUGAUGGAUGACUUCAGAACUUCUGCUCCGGAGCCAAGAGGCCCUCCUAACCCCAACGUGGAGUAUAUUCCCUUUGAGGAGAUGAAAGAACGCAUUCUGAAAAUAGUCACUGGGUUUAAUGGUAUCCCUUUUACUAUUCAGCGACUCUGUGAACUGCUAACAGAUCCAAGGAGGAAUUACACAGGAACAGACAAAUUUCUCAGAGGAGUAGAAAAGAAUGUCAUGGUUGUCAGCUGUGUGUAUCCAACUUCAGAGAAAAACAAUUCCAAUAGUUUAAGCAGGAUGAAUGGAGUAAUGUUCCCUGGAAACUCACCAGGAUAUUCUGAAAGGUCCAACAUAAAUGGUCCUGGAACUCCCCGACCUGUAAAUCGACCAAAAGUUUCUUUGUCAGCUCCUAUGACGACAAAUGGCUUGCCUGACAGCCCAGAAAACAAGGAGGCAGGCCUUCCACAGGCAGAAGAAAAAGUUAACAGUGAAUCACCAGCCUCUGAGACUGAAAGUGUCCAAAGCAGCUCUGUAAAAAACAAACAUCCUGAAGAAGAUCCAGUGGAUGUUGAAGGACGUGAAGUAAAAAGACUUAAAUUUGACAAGGAGGCAGAAUCAGAAGAGACCUCUACUCAGAGUGGUUCUAGUGAAGCAAGUUCAGCGAUGGUAGAAGAGACUGAGACAACAACCUCUCCGCUUCAGGAUAAAGAAAAAGAAACCAUGGGCGAGAGGCAGCAUUCUAAAGAACAGGAGGAGGAAGAGGAAGAAUCUCUCAUGACACCAGGGGAAAUUGUUCCAGAAAGAAAAGAUAAAGACAAUGCCUCCUUAACUGUGAAAGAAGAUAUUUCUGAGGAGAAUAACCAAAUGGAGCAAUCUGAACAGACUCGAGCGGAGAAGGAUUUGCCUUCUGAAGACAGGGAAAACAGUGGAUCUGUCAGUAGCAGAGCUGACUGCAGUGAAACGGAAGAUUUGGGACCGUACGCCAGUGAAACUCCUGAAACCGCCUCAGAGACCCCAAUGGAAAAUAGCGACGAAGCCACAGAAGCUGCAGAAGAACCUAUGGAACAAGACUAAUAAUUUAAAUACACUUAGAGGCAGUAUUUUCCAUAAGGCUCUGGUUUUACACUGUAUAAAUAAUUUUAUGUAAUAAAAGUGGACCUUUAGUUUUACAAGAGAAGCAGGCUGUAAAUUGAACUUCUCCACGAGAUAAAUCCUG